CGGGUGCAAGGCAUGCUGGAAGCACAGCUGCACAGUUUGUCCGAUCGUACUCAUCCUGCUGCACUAACUGUACUGACAGGGCAGCUGUGAGUGCAGACAGGGUAGCUGGAGAAGCAUGGGAGGCAGAGAGGUGACCAUUUGGUAAUUCGGACUGUUAUUAACCAGGAUGCUUUUGUCCAAGAGUGUGGUGAUUAUGUUGAAGGAUCACCAUGGAAAAGGCUUUAAAUUCAACAGAAAUCUUGCCUUCUAAAUCAUCUACAGAUGCCAGUGGAAAGGAGACGGAAUUGGCCAAAGAGACAGAUUCUAAUAAAACACAAAGGAAAAAACGGGUUGGCUUUGUGUUAGUUCAUGCAGGUGCAGGUUAUCACUCUGAAUCAAAAGCUAAGGAGUACAAACAUGUCUGUAAACGUGCAUGUAAAAAGGCAAUUGAAAAAUUACAAGCUGGUGAUCUUGCAACCGAUGCAGUAACUGCAGCUCUGAUUGAAUUGGAGGACUCUCCAUUUACCAAUGCAGGAAUGGGGUCGAACUUGAAUCUUCUAGGUGAAAUAGAAUGUGAUGCCAGCAUAAUGGAUGGGAAAUCUUUAAGUUUUGGAGCAGUAGGAUCACUGAGUGGAAUUAAAAAUCCGGUGUUGGCAGCAAAUAAAUUACUUUGUGAAGGACAGAAAGGAAAGCUCUCAGCUGGCAGAAUUCCUCCCUGCUUCUUAGUUGGAGAUGGAGCCUUUAAAUGGGCUGUGGACCAUGGUAUACCAACAUGUCCUCAGGAUGUCAUGGCUACAAAAUUAAGCUUAGCUGCUUUCAAACGCAACAAAAGAAAACUGGAAUUGGCUGAAAAAGUGGAAACAGAUUUUAUUCAGUUUAAAAAAAGAAGACAAUCAAGUGAAAAGGAAAAUGACUCAGGAACUUUGGACACUGUUGGAGCAAUUGUUGUUGACCAAGAUGGAAAUGUAGCUGCUGCUGUCUCCAGUGGAGGAUUAGCCAUGAAACAUCCUGGAAGAGUUGGCCAGGCUGCUCUUUAUGGAUGUGGCUGCUGGGCUGAAAACACUGGAGUGCGCAAUCCUUAUUCUACAGCUGUGAGUACUUCAGGCUGCGGAGAGCACCUUGUACGGACCAUAUUGGCCAGAGAAUGUUCACUUGCAUUGCAGGCUGAAGACGCUCACCAAGCAUUGCUAGAGUCUAUGCAAAACAAAUUUAUUGGCUCACCUUUCCUAGCUAAUGAAGAUAGCAUUCUUGGUGGGGUAAUUGUACUUCGAUCAUGCAGGUGUUCAUCAAACGCAGACUCAACUGAUGAUAAGCAGGCCCUCCUAGUGGAGUUCUUGUGGAGUCAUACGACAGAAAGCAUGUGUGUUGGUUACAUGUCAGCUCAAGAUGGUAAAGCCAAGACCCAUAUUUCAAGGCUUCCUCCGGGAGCUGUGGCCGGGCAGUCAGUAGCAAUUGAAGGUGGAGUGUGCAGAUUGGAAAGUUCCUUGAGCUGAUCAAGAUGCUUCCCUGGUUUAUCAGCAUAAUCUUCCAUACAAAUAAUAAACUAUUAAAAGAGAAAUCCUUUAGUGUGUUGAGCAUUUGUCAUGAUUGUUAGACAAUGUGCACUGUAUAAUCUAAGCAGCAUGCAAGCUGUGUAAUCUGUUUUGCCUACCUAGAUAAUCCAUCGGUAACCAAGAGAAUUUUGUCUGAACUGAAAUUACCUUUGUUUUUAUAGUCAUUUAAAGUGAUCCAGUGACUAAAUAUAUUUUUGUUUUCUGUUCUCCUUACAGUUAAUGUGCAGGACAUUUUGCAAGAUAUUUAGAAAAUAAUAAACUUAAUAUCCCUUGCAUGAGUAUUAUUUUGUCGCUUGUAUCUAAUCAUGUAGUGAAGGUUUGAUUAUUUUUUUUUAAAUUAAUAUCAUAUAUUUACAUUUAUUUCAAAAGUUCAGCCUUAGCUAUGUUUUCAUUUGUUAUGAAUGUGCCAGGAAUACAGGCUUUGAUGAACCAUAUAAUUGAUAUAUUUUAAUCUUUAUUGUAUUCUGGCUUUUAAAGCCAAUACAUAUACUGUAAAUUGUAUAAAAAGUAUUCAUUCUUAUGGCCAGUCACUUUAAUUUGCUUAUAUUUCAAAAUGUCUGCUUUUUCUGUAACAAACUUUGCAUAAGGCAGAGUAAUAUUGUAACACAAUAUGAUAUUUAACAAUGUUUACGUGCUGUAUAAGCUCUAUAUAAUCAAUCUCUUCUUUGUUUCAAUAUAUUUUAUAAAAUUGCAUAUAAAAGAUUUUAUUAGUAUUCAAUAUUAUUUUUGUAAAAACGUGUUUGCUCUGCUUAGGAAAGCAACUAAGCAAUGUAUAUUAUGAUGCAAACGUGCUUGUGAAGACUCAACAAUUUUUUUCUUCCGUGGGUGUAGCCUGUAAUUAAGACUGUUAGUUAUUUACUGCAAUAUAUGACUCCAUUGGGAAAUGACAAUACGUUAGCAAUAUAUGGAGGUAUCGUAUACAUCAGUUGUGAAUUUCCUUAUAUCAAGAUGUUUUUGUGUUUUAAAUAAAAUUUACAUAUAAUAUAUCUAGACAACAUUUUAUUACUCGAUUACACCCAUCUAGUACAGUGCCAUUAUAUACAACCUUUAUUGGUGACUGUAUUACAGCAUGUGGAAUUUCUAAAACGUCAAAAUGUUCAUGCAGAUAAUUAUAGAACUCAGGUAUUGUUGAUGUGGAAUACUUUGACUGGCUGAAAUUUCUCACCUCAUGAUACUGUGGAAGGAAAAUGCUUAUUAAACACAUUAAACUUUCUUAUUUUAUUGGGAAAAUAAUCAUUCCCAGCAAUAGAACAAAAGGCCAUCCCCACACAAUCAGAAAAUACAUUUGUAUAACAAUGUAAAAGUUUAGACAUGAGUUUAAAUUUCUCUAUAGGUGGAUUUUAUAGUAUAAAAUGAAAAGAAGAUUCUAUUUAUAUUUAGGCAUAUAGUAGUGGUUAUAUCGAUUUGUCUUUUUUCUUUAGAACUAUUCCUACACAGGCAAUAUGUUUUACCAAGAACACUCUUUGACUCAAACAUGGACCCCAUCCACUCAAUUAUUUUGAUGGAUUGGGACAUGGUUCAUAAGUUUCCAAUGGAUAAUAGAAAGGUUGACAUACCUGUACUGCAGUAUGUCUACCUCUUUGUACAUUUCACUUAUAACUUAAUAUAUCUGUUAAAAAUUGUAAUUCAUAUUCUUUUGUUGUUUGCUUAUUAGUUGGAUUUCUCUUGAAACACCAUUUGUCUGAAGAUAUGAAUUUGUCUUACUGUGCUAUCUAAUUAUAUUUCUUGUUUGCUUUUGUAUGUUUAGUUUACACUUUUAACUAUGUAUUCAAUUAAUGAUCUACUAUGUUGUACAUUGUCAUGAUGAAUAAAGAUAUCUCAAAGAAA